UGGUCCCAUCGUUUGUGUCAGUGGGGGGAUAGUGUCCCAUCGUUGGUGUCAGUGGGGGGAAGGAAUAGUGUUCCAUCGUUGGUGUCAGUGGGGGAAGGAAUAGUGCCCCAUCGUUGGUGUCAGUGGGGGGGAGGAAUAGUGCCCCAUCGUUGGUGUCAGGGGGAGGAAUAGUGCCCCAUCGUUGGUGUCAGUGGGGGGGAGGAAUAGUGCCCCAUCGUUAGUGUCAGUGGGGGGGGGGAAUAGUGCCCCAUCGUUGGUGUCAGUGGGGGGGAGGAAUAGUGCCCCAUCGU